UGAUGAUUUGACCAGGGUUGGUUCUGAACUCUGGUGGUAAGUGUAUCUUAAGGAAUUUAGGAUUAGAAAUCCAUGAUUUAACAUCUGUCAGUAAUGUAGAUGCAUUCUAGAUCAGCAAUCCUCAGGUGAACCGGUGACAUGUGUGGACCGAUGUUAUGUCACUACAAAAGUGAAACUAAAACACUAUGACAGAUGAUCAGAUUUUCUUAGCAAGACCUCUAAGAGCUGCAAUAUGGAUUCCGUGAAUGCUUCACACUUCUGUAAUUGAAUGGUGAGGUAAGUUACACUAACCAUUUAGGUCAGAGCUGGAACUGUUUGUUUCCCAACUACAGUAAGUAAGAGUUUCCCUGUUUUCCCCCCUCAUGGUCAUGAAUUUUACUUUCAAAGAAGAAAUGUCUAUAUAUACAUGCAAUAGAAAUGAGUGGUAAAAAGAAAGAAAAAUAAAGUUUUAAUAAAAAAUAAAUUGUUAAAUUUAUAUCAAUGUUGAUAUUUGACAAAUAAAACAAAAAUAUUAUAAAAUUAAUAGUUUUAUUAAUUAUCUGCAUUUUUAUUAUUUUGACUUUCAUCCCAUAUAUCACCUCUUUUUAUUUUAUUUUUUUAAUAACCUCUUCUCAAAAAGGAAGCUGUUGAGUCAUAUUGGUCCUGUUUCCUCUUAAGCACAUGACAAACACACUGAAGUAUAAAAGCUCUCAGCCGCUGCGUGGCCCAUCAGUGAUGUUGUCAGUCAUGUCUGUGAAGCUCAGAGUGUUGGCUCUCAUACUCUUUGUGACAAAGGAUGUUACCUCCACCUAUGCUGAUGCAAAUCUGGCUUCACCCCAAAAUGUGAAGGUGACCUCCAUCAAUAUGGCUACAGUUGUUGAAUGGACUUCUCCACACAACCCCAUGAGCACCGUGACAUACACAGCAAGAUAUAUCCUGAGAAAAGAAAAAGUUUCCAUCUGUGUGAACACCAAAGAGCUGAAAUGUGAUGUAGGAAAACUGCCGUCUGUAUUUGGUUGCUAUAUUUUCCAAGUGCGGGCAGAGGUUCAGGGGCUGUUGUCUGAGUGGGUUACUGCUAACGAAUUUUUACCAAAUAAACACACGAUCAUAGGACCCCCUACUGUCCAUCUUGUCAUCCAAAAUAAUACCUUGGAUGUGCACGUCCAAGCUCCAGUGCUGAAAGUGGGCAAACUAGCAGAUAUUUUUUCACAAGUGUCCUACAUCAUCAGAUAUUGGAUUGAAGACUUUUCAGAUGAGGCUCAAGAGAGGAAGGUAACUGAACCUGGUGAAGGUGUUAAACUGAGUAUUAAAGGACUGCAAUCCUGGAGCAGAUAUUGUGCUCAGGCGAUGGUGGUUCCCAAAGGCUACAAAAAUGCCCGAAAGUUCAGUGAUGCUGUGUGUGUGACCAACACACCUGUGCUCAUCAGCUGUGUGAUUGCUGCUGCCAUCCUUCUUCUUCUGGCAAUCCUGGCCGCAUGGCUGAUCUAUAAAGUGUACAGAUUCCUGUACCCUAAAACCAAACUACCAGAACUUCUCAAGAAUUUAAUUGUACCAACAUUUUGGAAUGCUGAGGUGACCCAACAUUCUGCACACCAGAAAGAACAGCAUGAUAAAAUCAGUGCCAUAUCUGAGGACUAUCUAUAUGAAGAGCUCAGCGAGAAGUACAAGAUCUUAGAGGACAAGGACUCUGGGUUGACGUCUGCUCUCGCCCCAAUUCAAGAGGUGGAAGAGGAAUACAAACUCCUGAUGCACACAAAAACUGCACCUGCUUUUUACCCUAACCAUCUCUAUCCAUUAUGUCUUAAAGACUCGCUCUUCACUCAUUUAAACCAACCCUGCUUCACAAGCACUCGGCCUUGUUACUACAACGUCGCAGAGCUGAGCCACACUGACUGUGUUUGCUGAAGUCCUCCAACAAGCUGAGAUGAUCUUAUUUACUUAAGAAUGAUCUUAUGAUUUUCUGCAGUAAAUAUAUAAAAUAGUUUGAUAUGACUAUGCAGUGGUGCAAUGUACGUAUGGCUGUCUGUUGAAUGUAUAUAAUUUCUCACAUUGUUUUCUCAAGCUAAUAACUGAAUGCACUUUCUACAAAAUGUUUAUCAUUGUAUGUCUAUAUUUGUUUGCUUCGUUAUUGUAAAAUAGUGAAUUUUUCAUAAAUAAACCGAGUUGUAUUUCUCUGAUUUGAAUUA